GGCGGGGUGGGGCGGGGCAGGCGGGUGUGAGCGGUGGCGGCGGUGGCGGUGUAGCAGCGUGGGGCGGGGCGGGGGGGUGGCUGCCGCUGCUGAGUGUAUCGUGUGUGUGUGUGUGUGUGUGUGUGUGUGUGCCCCCGCGUGUGCCCGCCGCCGCCCGCCCCGCUGGCCCGCUCCGCCGCCUCGCCGCUCGCCAGUCGCUACUUGGCCGGUGCGCCGAACACACCGCUACGCACCUCCCGCACUCCCCUGCUCUCACUCGCACUCCCUUGCUCCCCUGCACGCGCUCCCGCCUUCCUGCCGCCCCCCGCAACCUGCCCGCUGUCCAGCCGUGCGUGCCGCCCUGCCGCGGACUCACGCCCUGCACGCUGCCCCUGCCUGCCCUGCCCUGGCCCCACCUGCCCCGUGUGGCCCCUGGGACGUCAAACUCGUGGCGGGGAGCGAGGGCGCGGACGUGGACCCAACAAGUGCCUUUACCUGGUCCUGUGAAGCCUUUGAUAAGCCUUAGGAGUGCAAUCCUGUGCCUUACUGUUGUCUUAAAAUAACUCGAUGGUUGAUGGUGAUACACUAUGCCAAGUGUCUGGCCCGCGCCGCCCCGCGAACCAAGCAGCGCCCUAACGAGUGUGUGUCGGGGCGUGUGAGUCGUGUGUGUCGCGUGUGUGUGCCGCCCGCUGCCACCUGACCCUGAGAGGAGGUGCCGUGCCCGCCUUGGAACCUGCUGUUACGUGUGGCCCUGUGGCACUAUGUUGAGAUAGGAUCUGGCGUCCCUGUGGCCUCGUGUGUGCGAGUGACAGUGCGAACGAUGGCGUGUCACGCCCCUGGCCGCGCCGGGGGGGCAGCCAGCCUCCGCGACGCCCUCCUCUACGCCCUCCUGCUGCUGGCCGCCGCCACACAGAUGGCGGCCGCCUCGGGACGCUUCGAGCUGGAGGUCGUGGAGGUGCAGAACCCACGCUCCGAGGUCCGCUCUGGCCAGUGCUGCGGCGGGGCGGAGCGGCCCUCCAGCAACGCGCAGUGCCCUGCGCAGUGCCGCACGGUGGUGGUGCUGUGCCUCAAGGAGUACCAGAGCGUGGCCCAGGAGGGCAGCAAGGGGGCCCCGCGCCCCCAGACCGAGACGACCAGUGGCCGCGGCGGCUGCACCUACGGCGAGGACACGUCCGUGGUGCUGGGGCCGUCCUCCUUCACGCUGACGCAGUCCCCGCCCACCGCCCACAUCCAGCUGCCCUUCACCUUCUCCUGGACGGUGAGUGUUACCAUGAUGCUGUUGCCUUCCGUCCCUGUCAUCCUUCCUCCUGUCCCUCUCUCCCUGUCCUCCUCCCGCGGCCCGGCGGACACACCCGCCGCCACGAGCGUGACGUCCGGUAUGUGUUUUAGUGUGACGGCGCAUGUGUCUGUCGUGCGGCGCCGCCCGCCGGCCCCGCCCCGCCCCGCGCCGCGCCGCCCGCGGGAACAACGGCGCAGGAAGUAACUUCUUACCUGGACAUCCUGCCCGGCGACACGCCACGCCGCGCCGCAGCUGCCCGUCGCUGCCCGUCGCUGCGCCUUAAAAGAAUCCAGCAUCGCGCUCAUUAGAGCCGCUCCUGAUAUCCCGUAAAAAAAUCCUCGGGAU